UGAGAAGUACUUCCGGUUCAGUUGUCCAGCAGCGUGUAGUUUAGUAGAAAAACUAGUUAGAGUCAGCUAACGAAUAUCUAUUAUGAGUACACAGAGGGGUAACGCGUCUCGUUCGCGAGCCCAAAAACACCAAAACACCACCGCUUACAAAAACGACAAAUUUGGAGCGAGUGUACAAGCAAAGAAGGCAAACUCCAAGAUCCACGAUGGACUCUGUCAACGCUGCAAGGAUGUGCUCGAGUGGAAAGUGAAGUACAACAAAUAUAAAACUCUAACACAGCCCAAGAAAUGCGUCAAGUGUUCUCAGAAGACUGUGAAAGAUGCUUAUCAUGUCAUUUGUAAACCCUGCUCUCUUCAGCUGGAGAUAUGCUGCAAGUGUGGCAAGAAAGAGGACAUUGUCAUCCCAGUUAACUCACAUCUAGAACAAGAAGAAGAGGAGGAUAAAGACGGCAAAAAGAAAGAAAAAAGGUGCAAAAAGAAGGAGCUAGAAGACUUGGAAAGCGAUGAUGACUUUUUUGAUGAAGAAGAACAAGAAGAGUUUAGUGACCUCGAGGACAAAUAUGGAGACAGGAAAUCAGUGCCUUAGCAGACACAAAACAAGCCUGAUCCACUUCCUGAUGUGUCCGGAAUGAAAAUCCCAAAGUAAAUGAUUGGAAAAAUGGACUUGUCAUUGGAGGAGGUGUAACAUUAAUGCAUAGGUUGCUAUUACUGCAUAGAACAUCUAGCCCAGUUCAAAUGAACUGAAAUGAACUGGACGUCUAGCACAGUCAAUGUCAGUCUAAGAGUUAAUCGGUGCUCAAAAAGUAAGGAACAUUCUCCAAAAGGUUGUUGACUCCUUGGUUAGAAAAUGUAAAUACAGAGGUCAACAGAUGGCCAUGGUUGCGAAAGGACAAAGUACUAUGCAGUAGAAGUAGAAGCCAGUGAGUUUCAAAGGUAAUCCUGUCGACUCAAUGAUUCAUCCUUGCAUUGCUGUCAUUUUGUUGUGAUUGAGGAAGGAAAGGGAGGAAACCCCGUGAUAAUUGCAUUAGCGCCACAUGAUGAAUGAUGGAAAGUGCCGUGUGCAAGACGAGACACGCAACCGCUGCCACAGUGCAAGGGACUCCAAAUAAAAACUGGAAAACUAAUUGUCAUUCCGUGAACGCUCAUAUUUCAGUGCCAUUGAGAGCGUGAGAUGCCCAAUCUCUUUUGAAGUACAUUACAGUUUCAUAUUUUUCCCCAAAAUCUAAGUGCAAUGCUCCAACCAUGGCUUAUAAAAAUAAAGAAAAGCCCUGCCUUUUUCAUGACAUUUUGGCCUACUACAUGGGAUGCCGUUGACGGCGACGGACGUCCAACUCACUUUUGACUGGUUCUCUGUCUUGUGCCAGUCAGCCAAAGUUAAUGUUAGCUCUGAUGUUGGUACCUGGAGAGCCACAUGUUCCUUGAGUUGGUACUUCUAUAAAAUGCUUGAUAACCACUGAAUUAGACAUUUACUGCUCUCAAUGGCUGCCAGUGAGUUCAUGACAGUGCAAAUAGUUGAGCUCAUCUCUGCUAAACAUUGGCUACAUAUUAUAAUUGGUCAAUCAUCCACUGGCAAUCACGAUAAUAUUACUUUUUGCACCUUGUACUUGAUAUAAAAAAAUAUUCCAAUUUGCAAAAAGUCACCGUAGGAUGUUGUGGUUACAGCUUUGCAGAUUUAUUUAUUUUUAUACUUAACAUAUGCGCUUGUUUUAGAAAAAUGUUCUAAUAUUGACAUAAAAUGAAGUUUGAAAGAAACAAGCAUGUCUGCAAUGUUAAUGUUUAAUAUUAUUUGUUUUUACGUUUACAGCUCUUUUCUGGUGGGUUCAACUUCAGGACUCUCGGGUUUGAUCCUCUGAAACCGGGUACUCAUUUGAGGACAUUAGAUUUUGAACAUCAAAGCGGAAUAAAAAAUGCAUUGCAAAACAACAAAAAAAAGCUCGGGUCUCAGGAGAACUGAAGCAAAAACUUGACAUGAUAGGGGAACAAAAACUGCAAUUUCGGAAUUGGCAUAAAAAUCAUUUUCCAAAUUGUUCUACAAUGUGGUGCAUAUACAUAAAUAUACUGUGUGUUUGUUUGUGUUUAUUACAGCCCACACCAAAAAAAAAAAUCACAUAUAAAAAAAAACAUAUUGCACAACUCUAGACCCUCCAAAUUGAGCUUUAAUCAUCCAUAGUUGUCAAAAUUCCCAUCUAAUGAAAGUACAACAACGCUGACCUUUUGUAUUGUGUACGAAGAAGUAAUUUGGCUCAAACAUUUUCAAGUUACAAGUCUGAUUACAAGAAAAUGUAAUGUCAAAAGCCCACAGUUGUAAAUUGAACAAUUUUUUUAAUUUUUUUUUUUUUUUUAUGGAUACAAGAAUGUCACAACGGUACAACAAUUCACACUCAAAAGAUUCACACAUCGCUAAUAAAUUUGUAUACUUUUGCAAUAUAAAGACCCAUUAAACAAAGGGCAUACGUUUGAUAUCAACAUUGGUAGGGAUGGUAUAAAAGCAUAACCUGCAUGUACACUUUUUGCUGGGGACGGGACAUUAAUAAGACCAAACAGAUUGGGUGAACAUGGGUCAGAGCUACAUUUCUUACAAAUAUGAACCUAAUUAAUUGAUAGGCUAAAUGAUAAAUGCAAAAUAAAUCUGUAUUGACGUAUACUAGCUUUCAUUUGUAUUGGUCAGGUGAUAUACCGUUUGAUUAAAACCUUUGUUUUUGAAGGAGUUAGUACCUUUUCUCGAAUGCACCGUAUAACUGUAUUAUUCUAACACAUUUGUCAUAAUGAAGCAUUUAAUCAUAAUUUAAGGAAACAAGCAGACUAUACGCCAUGCCGUUUGACACAGUGAAGCGGACUGGCUUAUCGGCCCUUGCAUGCUGAACCUCCCAUCUCAGUUGCCUUAGCAACCAUGACCCAGCAACGAAAGGUGACACACAAACUUGACCGCCCAAAUCUGCCCACCUGCACACCCUUCGUCCGACCCACUGUACCGCAGACUUCAAAAAGACUGAACAUUUAGCUAACAACUGUCGCUUCUCGGGGACAUUCCGAUGUGCUUGUUGUUUUGCUGACCCUGAAUCCAGAAUUACCGCUCUGUCGAGGACCUAUUUGCUGUUUGAUCGCUGUCGACCUGAAUAAAUUGUCAACUUGUUCUCGGUGAGCCUUCUUUAAAUCUUUCAAAACUGAGUCAGUACAAGGGGUUAAGACUAAGGUGAACGCGCAGAGUUUGGCCUUUUAGACGGGUUGUCGGAUUUCCGCCGGCCUGUGUCGUUGGAGCUGUGCCAGCAUGGGUCCGGCGGUUCGGCUGGUGUGAUUCUGGCAGUCUGAACUAAGAGGUCAGAUUCCUUCAUUUUCUAAAAGUACUAAAGAAAAAUUUUGAAAACUUCCAGAAUAAAUGUCUGGAUUUCAUUAGCAAAUUUAAAUUGCAAUACUUGAACAAAAAUUAUAUUUACAUACUUACAUUUUACCUCGACUCUGAUUAAUGUGUGAUUAUUUGGGGAAAAAAAUGUCUGCAUUGGCUGCAAAUAAAAACCCUUCAAAAAUAAAUAAAUGUAGUAAAUUUAAAAAAAUUCAAUAAAUGCAAGUCAUCAGCUAAUCAAACAUGCAUUUGGGAGGAAAAAAAUGGACCGGCACAUUUAGCAAGUGAAAAAAAAUAAGUCUUAACAUAAUGAAAAUAAUUCAUUUAAUAAUGUAGGAUCAAUUCUAUCCUUACAGCAUUUGGAAAGACACAAUUACACAAAAUUACUUAAAUAACUGAACUAGUUAUUAUAUGCAAAUAAGGUUGCUUAAAAGUUGGUACACAAAAUUACUUACCGGUAUAUAACUGAGCUCAUUAUUAUAUGCAAAUAAGGUUGCUUAAAAGUUGGUGGGGACAAUAUGAGCCUCCUGAAAAGUUAAAAGGUUAGUGUUAUGUCCCUACCAUCCCUAUGCAAACCUACACCUUUGCAUUAAACCAUGAUAAGUAGUUUAACUCUGUUUUCCAUUGAAGCCAAUGAGUUUAAAACUUUCUCAUCACAGUCAAACUGUCAAAACUAUUUUUCACAGCUCAUCUGUACCCACAGAUUACUAAAUUGUACCCACGGUUUAGUACUAGAACAUAGUAUUAGUACUAGUACCUGAACAAUAUUGGGGAAAAAACAUACAUUGCGACUUUUGGGGAUGUUUAUGAUAUAUUGCGAUAUUAAAACUAGAAGAAUUUAAUGAGAUGACUUGAAUAGCUCUAGUUUGGAAGACUUUGACCACACACCAUGACCACAUUAUAUUCAUAUAAUACCGGUGAAUCCAGGAUACGGGGCUUCCUCUGUGAAUGAUGAAGACUGCUGUAUAUACAGUGGGGCAAAUAAGUAUUUAGUCAACCACCAAUUAUGCAAAUUCUCCUGCUUGAACAGA